AUGGACGUGAGGGACCUCCAGCGCCAGGGGCUGGCCAUCGACGAGCGACUGCGCGUGCCCGAGCCGCAGAGCGAGGACGGGAUGGAGCGGGAGUCGAUAAGGCGCGGGGUCAACUUCAGCUGGGCCGUCGAGAUGCUUCACGACCACGACCAGGUGGAGUACAAGCACGGCCUGGACGAGGAUCUGCUCAGACGGCAGGAGAGCCUCAUGCACAACCACAACCACCACAACCACAACGGCCAACAGCAGCAUCACUAUGAGGAGGACCAGCAGCAGAUGCUGGGAAGCGGCGGCAACAUCCAGGCCUACAAUCACAGCGACAACAACGGCGAGGGAAAGCACAACUUCUACAAGUGGGGCUGA